AUGGCUGCAACUAGUUUGGGCCUGGCCUUUUCGGAGGCCCAAGGCCAGCCCUUCAGUAGGACACCCUACCCUAACAGCCCCUCACAGUUUCACUUCAUCUCUGUUUCCGAAAGGCAGCCUUCCCCUCUCAACUUCUCUAAGAAAAGCAGGAGCUCUGCUAGGGCAAAGUCCGUUUCCCCUCAAAGUGAAUCGAACCGCUUCCUUUUCCUUAUAGCUACUCCGUUCUCUCUUUGUGUGCCCUUUUUCCCUCAGCUCCGUUUACUCGAGAUGGGAAUACUUCUGGAGGUAGGCCUGAUGGUGGUAGCAGUGCAGCCUAGUGGGCCCGUUGAGGUGGCUUUCGAAGAAGUUCCAUGGCCCUAGUGCCUUGUAAUACCAUGCUCUUAGAGCAUUUCUUUUGCCCAACUGUUAAACUUUAGAUUUGUUUCUGUUUAUGGUAUGGUGGCAUGCCUAAAUCCGUUUUCGCAGUAUUUUUUGGAUGACUGUAAUAGUUAUCUCCCCUACAUUGUAUGUUCAUCUGAAUGCUUCUCGUUAUUAUAACUGUGUGAUAUUUUAUUUAGUAGUUUAAUCUAUUAAAAUGGGA